GCGAUUCCUCUAAUGCUUCGUCGGGCGGAGAAGCGAUUAGAAGCGAGUGUGCGUUGGCAUACAACGUCAGCCAAGUUGAAAUUGAUGGUUUACUCGACAUGAAAAGUUUAGACUUGCGACUUAAAUGUUUUAUGAAAUGCCUUGGAGAAAAUUCAGGCUUGAUUGUGAACGGAAAAAUGGUGGACACUGAUGUGCUGGCGUUUUUGGAAAAAAUGGCUGCUGGAAAUUUGGAUGAGUUGAAGAAAAAUAUGGAUGUCAAGGACGAGUGUGAAAAAUCGGCGUCGGGAAUGGACGAGUGCGACAGGGCGGCGCAAAUGAUUCAGUGCACAAAGGAAAAAGCGCCGGACGUUUUAAAUGGUGUCAUCUCGGCCAUCGACAAGUCGAUGCCUAUUGAAAAAGUAGAAUUUCCUGCAGCUGCAAACUGCACUGAAUAUGUCCCAGGCGUAGUUAAUGCAACUUUGAAGCAGGUGUUUGAUUCGACCACAACCAACAGAACAAUCAUUGGCGGCAAUCAUAUUAUUGCUUGUGGACGGAAGUACCUGCUUUCCAAAAAUCAGACUUCCCUCUCAGAGGGCUAUACUUUUUGCAACACUUUUGGCCUUCAAUUGGUGACAAUUGACAACGCAGAGAAAAUUUUGUGCUUGCAAAAUGGGAUAAUGAACAAAGGUCUAAAUAAGUACACGUGGCUCGCCGCGAGCAGGAAGGGCAGUUUGAACAACCCGCGCUGGUGUUUGUCCUCCCUGCCCUUCAGUAUGGACGGUUAUGCUUCAGUGGUCGAUUCCAACUUGACUUACAACUCAUACGCUCUAAAACUGCACAUGAAGAUAUUGGAAACGUAUGAUGAAUCUAGCAGGGUUGAAUAUGUACUUUGCGAGCAGACGAGACUUUAAU